AUGGACUACAAAGACUGCUAUGGCUACUUAGCAGCACUGACCUUUGUAGUAUCUUUGUGCUCAGGCGCUCCACUAACAGACAACGACCCUGUAGCCGAGCAGAUAUCAGACCUGUGCAAAGAGAAGUUUUACGUGGAAACACUCAUCCAAAAUCUCAAGCAAAGAGUGCAAAGCACCGCGGCCUCAAUCAAAGACAUGGAGAAGCUGAAAGCAACAUGGGAAAAAGCAGCAGCCGCCACAUCUGAUGCCGCAAAAAAAUGCCUAUUCAGCGCACUGGAACACAAAGCCGAUGCGGAACUAUUGAGGGAACUGCCAAAGAUAGAAGAAGCAACAGAAGCGGUGACAACAGCUCAAAUAGCAUUGUCCGAGCAUGUGGGGAUGCUAGGAGCCACCAUAACUUUGGCAAAAACUAAGCUCGACAGCGGCAGCAGUAACCACGGCAACGCCGGCACAGGUUCAAUCAGAAUAGCACUCUCUAGAACAACCGCAACAACAGACCUCUGCAACGAACCCGCGACUAUAUCGGAUAUCAAACCUGGAGUGUCGGAAAUUCAACCAGACAAACUGUUCAAACUUAAACUAACCAAACCAACAGAUCUGCACAAGCACAUGUUCGUCGACUGGCUAACGAUCGGAGGACUAACGAGCUGCACGGCGCACACAUCUUACGACCAAAACUUCGACGCCGCCCUCAGUGGCUGCAACUACAAAACGGCAGCCACAGCGGAGGCUAAACAAGCCACAACCAAGCCGACCUACGGCACCACAGAGGUCACGCUAUUCAAAAAUAACGACCCAGAACAGCAAUGCGAAGUAACAGAUCUACCAGCUGGAGGAGCCGCAGACAAACACAAAAAACUACAACAUUCACUGUGCCGAGCGUUGCAAUUAGGCAAUGUCAACGGACGGUCGCUGCGACAACUAAACGGCGCGGCACUACAAAGUGACCAUGUUGUUGCCAACACAAUCAGAAACUGCGACCCAGUCUUCCAAAAACUAACGACAGCCACAGAUGGCGAAGGGACAACUGAGUUAAAAAAAUACAUCAAAGAAGCAUAUGGAAGCUCUGCAAGCGAGUUCGCUGAGAAGUUCAUUACAAACGCGGAAAAACUACAAAUGACGUUGCGCUUAAAUGAUAAAAUAGAAACAAAGGAUUUGAGUGCUGUUUCACCAGGUGAACAAACCGCAGCAGCUCUGAGUCAUAUACAGGGACUACAUAACAAAAGGGAACUUGAAGCAGGAAAAAAGAGUACAAGCGCUGCGGCGGUUGAUCCACAAAAAUCAGAGGACUGCAAGGGAGAAAAGGACGAAACUAAAUGCAACAAAAAAGAUGGGUGUGAAUUCAAAGACGGGGAGUGCUUAGCUAAAGUGACAACAGCAGCAGGGACAGAUGGUAAAACAAACACCACAGGAAGCAAUUCUUUUGUCAUUCAUAAGACCCCUCUUUUGCAUGUAUGUUUGCUGCUAUAA